CACUUCAUGGUUGUCCGAUUCCGACAAAAGAACACGAUCUUGCUAACUAUAGACAUAUAUAAUUGACGCCUUCCGUUCACAGUCGCCUGUACUCAUCUUCCUUGGCAAGUGUGUAGUGUGGACAUCGUCCGUGAUGGUCAUGAAAAUAAUUGUUUCGUGGAUAAUCUGGUGUACAUGUAACUGCAACUUAGGCACUUGUAAGGAUGCUAACACUACACUCAUUUUGCUUAACACAACACUGUCGUGGCGUGGAGGACAGCAGGCAUGUCGUGAUAGAAAUGGCACAAUGCUCAGCGAACAGGAAGCACGAUCUGAUCCGGAAGUCAUCCGACAAAUGACGUCAGGGAAUGAGUACUGGACUGGAAUGCAUCAGUACUUAUCAGACUGGAUCGGUGUUUAUGGAUGGGAUUAUAGCAACACGAUAACACAGAUUGCUGACGUCACUACACACGAGUUAGAAUGGCCGUCUCCUGGAGGCUGUCAGGAGAUUUGUCAUCAGUAUAGCAUAUUUGCUAUUACUGGAGGCUCCACCUGUAUAUGUAUCCCAUCCUCUGCAGCAGACAAUAGUUUGUUCGCUUUUGAGUCUAGCAGAGUUUCGAACUGGACUGUGUGUAGCAACUCGGAAACACCUAACACGUGCGGGGGCACAAAUAACGGCCGGGUGAUAGCCAGCCUGUACGUGGAUUCAAGUUAUUUAGUUUCAAGCGUUUCUGAUGUUGAUGGUAAUUGUAUGAGUGUUCAAUGUGAUGGGACAAGUGGAAACGCUGUUUUAAAGGCACGUGAUUGUGAAAUCCACAAGUUCAGGUCCUGUGAAAACGGACAACCAGCUACAGAUCUUACGGGACUAUCUGCAUGGAAACAGGCGUAUGAAGGCUGUUUGAAUAUUACCUCUAUUUACGCCAUGCAGUUGUCUUGUUUGUUUUUAACUCAACUUCCUCGCGUCACUAAAACGUCAUACUGGAUCGGAUAUAAAAGACAGUUCUACACGAGACAGGACAAAGGUAACAAUGUAAACGUUGCUGAAGUACAGAAAUGUCAGAGUUGUAACACAAACGGGAGCUGCCAAUACCAGAGCAAAAGUCAAUGUGGUGUGGCGAAAAGGGUGAUGUGUAGGGUCCCUUAUUCAGAUGAAACAGCAACUACUGCCCUGACACCGGAAACAGAGACAACAAGGGAGACAAGAACGUUCUCAUUCUCAGAUAUAACACGUGGUGGCUCUCCACAACCAGACGGUUCCUCAAGCCCACCACCUGGUUCCGUUUCCCUCGAAAACAGAGGUAGCAAAACAAAUACUCAAGACACAGUGCCAUUAAUGGUGUUCAACGUUGUUAUCAUUGUCCUAGUAACCUCACUGGUUUUAGUGGUUACGCUGAGCAUUUCCUGUAUAUGCUUUAUAGUAAGACGAUACGCGAAAAGGGGGACAAAAACAGCUACGAAAACAAAAAACAACGAGAUGUCGGAGACAGCGGAACACAAUCCAGAUUUCAAUGCGUACCUUACCAUCAGAGAACGAUCUUGUCACCUGUAUGGGGAUGUUCAGUAUGACAAAGCGGAGGAACGGAAGAGUGUAUCCUUACACAGCCAGAAACACAUCCAGAUGCGGGAUUACAAAUCUCAUCAGCAGACAGUCACAUGUGGAGUAGCAGUCAUCACCAGAUCUACUGAUGGGGCAGACAUAAGAGCAGUUACCGCCAUAAAAAAAAUAUAUAUACAUAAUGUAUACACACACACACACACACACACACACACACACACACACACACAUACAUACAUACAUAUAUAUAUAUAUAUAUAUAUAUAUAUAUAUAUAUAUAUAUAUAUAUACCUUUGCUCAGCAUAAUUACCGUUAAUUAGAUCUACAAUAAUAACUUUUGACAGAGGAAAUCCAAUGCGAAUUUUCGAUGGUCAUUUUUGUUUCAUUUAGGAUUACAUUUACCUUCACAAUUCCUGAUUCCAUUGAUUUGAUAUUAUCUUCACAUGGAAUAUACCUGUAAUGAAAAUAACUACCAUAUACACGUAUACUCGCAUAUAGGUUGACCUGCAUGUAAGUCGUUAACCCUCUUUUCGGAGAUUUUUUAAAAGAAUUUAACUAACUUUAUAAGUCGGAUUGAUUUCUUUUUUUAUCAUAUUGUCCGUCAUCUCCAUAUUUACUCUCUAGCAAGAGUUGUGUUUCUUUGUUGUAUAUAUUUUGGAACGUCAUUAAACAGGUUGGGAACUAGCUGCAAUAAUGUAGCCCUAUCCAAUUUUUUUUAAUUCUGACGUUUUCGGGAUAGGACUACAAUUCCAUAGGAUCUCCGUAAUGGUGCAAAAUAAUUUUAUGAAUAACCGAUAAUAAACUCUGUGUAUUAGUCCCAAAUGUUGUUAACACCAAAAGGAGUACCAACUUUGUGCUCGGGUAUGUCUAAUAAAGGUGUUUUUCAUUAAAUACAAUGUACAGCAUGCAAAAUUCGUCGUCUGCUCCGCCAUGCUUGUUAUCACGAGAUCUCGUAGGUGGAUCUAAUGAAAAACCUAAACAUUGACAAUCAGCGUGAAAAUGUAGUUACUCGAGCCACUUCGACAAAGAAAGGAAAAUCAUAUUGUUGCAGAAAGAAUUUACACUCUGCUGUUCGGUUUUUAACUUGAUAUUAAAUUCAAACCUUUUCAAUACCGACGAAAUAGCUUUCGCCUCCAUACUUGUCCAUUGAUGUAAAUACUACCUUAUAUGGCAUAUGCAAAUGACUUGACAAUCGGAAGUUGAAACUUCAGUACAUCAAACAUGGCGCACAAGUAUGAAUCGAGAAAUUGGAAUUUAUCGAAAUUGUUGAAAACGGUAGAAUAGAGCCUCACAAAUCUUAAGUUGCAGGUUGUAAAUUUAUAUAUUGACUAAGAAACAUAGAAUAUCAUUUUAUUUACGUAAAGAAAGUCAGGAAAUGUUUAGAAUGAGCGCAAAUGUUGCGGGAGUGAAUCACUCCCGCAUUUGCACCAUUACGGAGAUCCUAAGGAGUUGUAGCCCUCUCCCUAAAAAAAAAAAAAAAAAAAAAAAAAAAAAAAAAAA